AUGUCAAACGAUUUCUACGUGAGAUACUAUACGGGCCAUCAGGGCAAGCAUGGUCACGAGUUCUUCGAGUGGGAGCUCAGUCGAGGACGGCUCAGGUACGCAAACAACAGCAAUUACAGGAAUGACUCGCUUAUCAGAAAAGAGAUGUGGCUUUCGGACGCUCUGGUGGAUGAGUUCAAGCGGAUCAUCGAAGAGAGCGAGAUCAUCGCCGAAGACGACGAGAAAUGGCCAAAGAAGAAUGUCGUAGGCAGACAAGAGCUGGAAGUGAGACUGGGCAAUGAGCACAUCUCAUUCGAGACUGCCAAGAUUGGCUCACUGGUGGAUGUGCAGGACAGCGAAGACCCAGAAGGACUUCGAGUCAUGUAUUAUCUAGUGCAAGACCUAAAGUGUUUGGUUCAAUCGCUGCUCAGUCUCCACCUCAGGCUGAAGCCUAUCGGAUGA